AUGUACCGCCAGGUAUACAUUAAUGAGAAACAACUGGACUUACAGCGCAUACUAUGGAGACAAGGUAGAGAUCAACCUCUAAAAGUCUAUAGGUUAAAAACUGUCACCUAUGGUACAGCAGCAGCACCCUUCUUAGCAAUCAGGACCCUCCAUCAACUGGCCACAGAUGAACGAUCAACAUAUCCUAUAGCCUCAUCUAUAGCGCUAUCAGAUUUCUAUGUAGAUGAUCUUAUGACAGGUGCAAAAACACUCGAGGACGCUAAAGUCAUUCAAACACAAAUGUCGCAAAUGCUUAACUCAGGAGGAUUUAAUUUAAGAAAAUGGAAUUCAAAUUCGAAGGAAUUGUUGGAAACAAUCCCAGAUAAAAAUAGAGCGAAACAAGAACAAAAUAAACAGUACAAAGUGCUUGGUAUGUGGUGGAACUCUGAGACCGACAUGUUCCAUUACGCAUCUACUGAGAGAAAGCCACAUGACAAGAUAUCAAAGCGUUCUGUUCUGUCAGAAAUAGCCAGUUUAUUCGAUCCUUUAGGACUUGUAGGGCCUGUAGUUUUGAAAUUCAAACUGUUCAUGCAAGAGUUGUGGGUAAGAGAUGUGAGUUGGGAUGAAUCUCUUCCAUGUGAUCUUCAUACAUCGUGGCAGACACACCGACAACAGCUCUCAACUUUGAAACAACUUCAAAUACAAAGGCACAUCACAGUAGGUCACGCAAUCCAAAAAGAAAUACAUGGGUUUUGUGACGCCUCAGAAAGGGCGUAUGGAGCAUGUGUGUACAUACGAACAACCGAUACUGACGGACGCGUGUCAACACAAUUAUUAUGCUCAAAAUCUAGGGUAUCACCACUUCAAAAAAUGACCAUUCCUAGAUUGGAAUUGUGUGCCGCGCUGCUACUAUCGAAACUUGUAACUAAAGUAUUGGAUACUGGCAUUAAAGUUGAUGGAUACACACUAUGGACCGACUCCUCAAUAGUUCUGGCUUGGAUCACUUCAUCAGCAUCAAAAUGGAAAACUUACGUUGCUAAUCGGGUGAAAAUUAUUCAAGAAUUGACGACUGAAAGAUGUAGUUGGAGGCACGUAAGAACCAACGACAACCCAGCAGAUCUGAUAUCAAGAGGUUUAAAUCCGAUUCAAAUUAUCGAUAACAAAUUAUGGUGGCAUGGCCCAGAAUGGUUAAUACAAAAUUCUAGUGAAUGGCCCAAAUUUGAUUUGAGUAGAAUUUCAGAUGUACCAGAACAAAAACUAAUACCAACUACAUUGGCGGUUGUCAGCACUGAGCCACUAAUAGAUGUUGCAAAAUACUCAUCUUUAAGCAAACUCACAAGAGUUACAGCGUAUUGUCUUAGAUUCAUCAGCAACCUGAAGAAUUCACAUCAUAAACUUACAGGUCCAUUAACUACAGAAGAGCUCAACCAUGCCACAAAUCAUCUCAUCAGAGCAGAACAGGAACAUUACAUGAGAGAAGAUUAUAAUAGGCUCAUGGAAGGAAAGAAGAUUAGGAAAGACAGUCCAUUGUGGAAUCUUCAAUCUUUUUUUGGUCCCGAGAAACUCAUCAGAGUAGGCGGGAGAUUAAAACAUGCAGAAAUCAAAAUAGAUCAAAAACAUCCCAUUGUUUUACCAUACAAGUCACAUCUAACAGAACUUAUUUUUCGUCAUGAGCACAUCAGACUUCUGCAUGCGGCACCUCAACUGCUGCUUGCAUCGUUGCGGCAACGAUAUUGGCCCCUUAAUGGACGAAAUUUAGCAAGACGUACCAUACACAGUUGCGUCAAGUGUUUUAAGGCUAAUCCAAAAACAACGCAACCUCAGAUGGGUGUCUUACCAUCAGAUCGAGUACGCCCAUGUCGACCUUUCAGUAAUACUGGCACUGAUAUCAGCGGCCCAGUAUAUAUUAAAGCCUCAAAAAGACGAAACAGUCCUACAUCGAAGGGAUACAUAGUGAUAUUUGUAUGUCUUGCAACCAAAGCUGUACAUUUAGAAGUAGUAACAGACAUGACCAGUGAAGCAUUUAUAGCAGCAUUCAAGAGAUUUAUUUCACGACGAGGAAUUGUUACAAACAUGUACUCGGACAAUGGCACCAAUUUCGUAGGCGCAGAGAGAGAGCUUCGAGAGCUUCAAGAUCUGUUUACAAACGAAGAACAUCAGAGAAGAAUCGUCGAAGAAUCAACCGCUCACCUCAUUAAGUGGCACUUCAUUCCACCCCGAUCCCCUCAUUUCGGAGGCUUAUGGGAAGCUGCUGUUCGGUCAGUGAAACAUCAUUUGAAACGAGUUGUAGCCAACGCCUCACUCACCUUCGAGGAAUUUUACACUACUUUAACAAUGAUUGAAGCUUGCUUGAACUCUCGUCCUCUCACUCCCCUUUCCACUGACCCAAAUGACCUUUCACCAUUAACCCCUGGUCACUUUCUCACUGGUGAUGCUUUAACCGCAUUACCUGAACCGAACAUUUGUUACAUUCAAUUAAACAGGUUGUCACAUUGGCAGGGGACACAGCAGAUUGCGCAGCACUUUUGGACACGAUGGUCCAAAGAAUAUCUGUCUCUCUUACAACAACGGCCAAAGUGGAGAUCAGAAGCAGCCAACAUCCAGCUCAAUCAACUAGUUCUCCUGAAAGAAGACAACUUGCCCCCUCUCAAGUGGGUUACAGGUCGAGUGGUGGCGGUCCAUCCUGGAGCGGACAAUAGGAUCCGAGUCGCCACCGUAAAGACGUCGUCUGGCACCUUCAGGAGAGCAGUCAACAAGCUAUGUAUCCUCCCCCUAGAACCUAAUACAGUGCAAGAGUAUUUUACGGGUGACAUCCCUAAUAUUUAUGACAAGGUCGCCUGGAGGUAUGGAGUUCUUGUUCUCAGGGCGUGGGAGGCGACAGAGCUUUCACUCCCAUUGUUAGAGGUGGCCUUCCACGAACCAAGGGAUGUUACCCCCAGGUUUAUGGUAGGGUCGCUUCAGGGCGGGAGGGGCUGGCCCUCACGCCUCGUGGGAGCAAGAAAGAACCUUUACUUGGGACAGGGGCCUAGAACGAGUCUCCUCUACCCUGGGACUAGGGAAUGGAUUUCUAGGGCCGGCAACUUUGGAUUCAGUGGAGACAGGCGGAAAUUGAACAUAGCAAAACUCGGAUGUGAAGGCUACUCCACACUGCCUGUGGCUAGCGUGACUGGACGGAUGCUGUGCUAG